CAUUUCAUAUCUCUAACAAGCCUUCCACUUCGCUGCCACAAACUCAUCUCUCUCUCUCUCUCUCUCUCUCUCUCAAUGGUUGGGACUUGAAGAAAAAGACGACCCAAAAACAUGGCAGUUUCUUUGAAUUCGGUCAUCGGCUUCAACUCAACGUUGCAGGCAAAGUAUCAACAUUACCCAAGAACUCACAUUGAAGCUUCAGUACUGAAGGCAACCCAUCUCCCAUCUUCCUCAGAAAAAGUUAGACUCAGAAGACUUAUAAAGGGGAAAAAUUGGGGAUCACGUCUGUUAGUUGCAAAUGGUGAUCGAGUUGCCACAGACACCAGUGAUAAAGAUUUCAAGAAUGCUGAAAAAUCAAUUUCUGAUGGUGGAUCUUCAGCAGUGAAUCUCCAAUCCUUGGAUUCUCGGACAAAAGAGAGCCAACUUCAAACUAGUUCUGAAGCCGAGUUGAGGCCUCAGGCUUCUGACGUUUCCAAUGGGCCAGUUGUUUCCUCAGAUUCGAAACAGGACACAUCUUCUGCCAGUGUAAAAAGAUCCUCACUCACAGCAAGAGAGAAACUAAGGGCAGCCCGAGUUCUCAGUCGCUACACAGAACCAAAGGCAUCUAAACCAGAGCUUGGAAGCAGAGUAUUAGAGGCUCUGAGAGAAAGUGAUAGAGGGAAAAAGAGGUCUGGCCUUCCAGAAGCACCUACAAACUUGUUUGAUGACAGCAAACGGGGGAUGCCAAAAGCGGGCCUGACUUUUGAUUUUCCAGGGGGUGUCGACGCAUUUGUCAUUGCCUUUUCGUUUGUUUUUAUCAGCACAGUGAUGUUUGCAACAACAUACAUCGUGUGGAAAGUUGGUGCCAUUCAUUUCAAUGAAUACUAAACUGGAUGAUUAGGGUUCUAUCUUGUUGGAGGGGCAUCUAAACUUCUUCAUACAUCCAUAAGAACCACAAACUGGCACAAGUUUAGGUAUUUCAAAUGCAUUUCUUAAAUAGCUAGUGUUUGCAUACUUUUUUUUCAGUAAGAUAUACAUGAGUGUACACAAAUGAGUUUCUCAAACAAUUGUAUGCCAAUGUUUUUCUUUCUUAAGCUUUUUUUUUUUUACUUUAUGUACUUUACAUUAGCACUGCUUCAUUGAAAUGUGACAAAUUCUAGUUCAAAUCUUGAACCUUGUUCCAGAUUUCUGUAAUU